CUCCGGCUCCAAAUCCAGGCAGAGAGAGAGAAAAAGUCGACAAAAUCCUGUUUAAAAGGACGGGAAAUGGAAGUGGCUCCACAACCUCCGGCAGACACUGAUCUGCAGAAUAUUAUCGACAAGUUGGCCAACUUUGUCGCUCGAAAUGGCACCGACUUUGAGAUGAUGACGAAGGAGAAACAGAAAGAUAAUCCAAAGUUCCGUUUCCUGUUUGGAGGAGAAUAUUACAAUUAUUAUCAAUACAAAGUUACAUCUGAACAACGAUCCAUCCAGCAACAGAAGGAGAAGUUAGCCCAUCAGCAGGCCAUCAUCCAGGAUGUGAUUACCCAGCAUUCAAUUCAGUCGGCGCCAUGGCAACCGCAGAUCCAGCAACAGCAGCAGCUUGAUGAACAGAUCUCUCAGAUUGAAGAGCAGAUCAGCCAGAGUGAGGACAACCUUGGAAAGCAGAAACAGGUUCUCCUGCAGCAACAAACUGACCAGAUAGAUUCUGUUCUUGCCAGUAGCAGAGAGAAGGCAGUGAUUGAAUUGGCUUCUGACCUUGAUGUUAAUCUCUCUGAGCUAGAUAACAGGCUUCAAACUAUAAUAGAUGCUUGUACCAAAGAUGCUAUAUCAAAUGGCAAGCAGUGGAUCUUUUCAACUGCCCGUUCCCCUAAGCAUUGUAUGCUGAUAGCUAAGUAUCUCCUUCAUCAGAUUCUAGCCAAGGCGGCCCCAUUUACAGCCAAGCUCCAUCUCAUAUACCUCAUUAACGAUGUCCUAUAUCACUGUACAAGACGCAAUGCUCAGGAUCUGCAGCAUGCAUUAGAAGACACGGUCGUUCCAAUCUUUUGCUCAACACAUGCAGUAGCAGACGAGGAUCAGAAAGGAAAACUUGAAAAGGUAUUGAAGCUUUGGGAAACAAACAAUUAUUUUGACAGAAGUGUCAUGGAGAAAUUGAAGAAUCCGUCAGAAUCGCUGUCUCAGUAUCAGGCGAAGAAGAUCACCGAGAAUGGGGAGGCCAUCCAACAACUCCAAAUAUCCACCCAGACCCAGUUAACAAGUCUUCAGAAGCAACAUAAUGAUUAUGUGGUACAUAUGCGCCAACAGCAGGCACAAUAUCAGCAGCAGCGACAACAACAACAGCAACAAGCCCAGCAGCAGCUUGUAGCAGCAUCAGUGGCAACUUCUCUCCCCCAGGUGCCAACACCAUUCUCGAUGUCCCAGCAGGUGCCACCGCAAGUCCCACAACAAGUGACGCAACAAGUGCAGCCACAAGUGACGCAACAAGUUACGCAACCAAUGCAACCACAGGUUGUGCCUCAGGGUGCCAUCCCAACAGUCUCAGGUUUCCCACCAUCAACAUCAGAAGCCCAGCAACCUGUAGUAGCAGCACCGGGUGCACCACCGACGGUACCACAACCACAGGGGCAACUAGCCCAGAAUGUCAACUUGCCCCAAGGUAUGGUGCCUGUUUCAGAUCCCGCGGGACAACAAGGCUUACCGUCGUUACCUCCAGGAAUGCCACCACAAAUUGGAAAUCAACCUCCACCACCACAAAUGCCUCCACAAUUACCUGCUGGUUUACCCCCAAUGGAUCCGUCGAUGUUUCCAGGUGGAUUCCCUCCUGUGUUCAACCCGUCAGUUCCUCCACCAAACAUCAGACCACCCUUCCCUCCCCCAUUCCCUCCUCCAGGUGCUUUGCCUCCAAACUUCGCCCUCCCUCCCAACAUCGACUUCUCCAAGCCCCCUCCUGGCUUUAUGCCUGGUAUGGAGUUCCCUCCAAUGCCCAUGCCCCCCAUAUCUCAACCCCCACCAGCCCAGGACCCUAAUGACCCCUCCCUAAUGCCAAGGGUGCCCUACUAUGAUCUCCCAGCUGGACUCAUGGCACCAUUGGUAUCGCUUGAAGAUACAGACUACAAUCCUCUAGAUCCCGAAGACAUCAGACUACCCCCUCCCCAGGCUCCUAGUGAGAGAUUACUGGCUGCUGUAGAGGCAUUCUAUGCCCCACCCUCAAGAGAUGCUCCAAGAAAUAGUGAAGGAUGGGAGCAGAAUGGUCUGUUUGAAUUCUUCAAAGCAAAGCAAAAGUAUUCCAAACUGAAGAAGGAGAGAGAGAAGGACAAACCCAAGCAGCGUAAACCCCUUUCCCCUCUCAGGAUGCCUGCCAAGAUGGAGAGGUCACCUUCACCUCCCACUCCAGCAAAGCAGCCAACCCCUCCCCCAAAACAAGAAAGCAGAAGAAGAUACAGAUCAAGAUCUCGCUCAAAGUCAAGGUCACCAUCACAUUCCCCACCACGGAGAACAAGGCGCUCAAGGACACACUCAAGGUCACGCUCUCCUCCCUCGAGAUUCUACAGGAGAGGAUCAAGGUCAAGGUCUCGUUCAAGGUCAAGAUCACCUCCCUAUAGGAGAGAUAACAAGAGAGACCGAUCCCCUGGCAGAGACCGAUCCCCCGUCAGAGGCCGAUCCCCAGGCAGAAGCCGUUCACCUGUCCGAGGCCGUUCCCCAGGCAGAGGCCGGUCUCCCAAGCGAAGCCCAACACCAGACUAUGGAAUCCAACCUUUCUAUCAAAUGAAUGUUGAUGUGAAGCUAGGAGAGGAUAACAAAGGACAUCAACUCAUGAAGAAAAUGGGAUGGAGUGGUCAAGGUCUCGGAGCCAAGGAACAGGGUAUCGUCAACCCCAUUGAAAGCGGGGAUGUUCGUCAAGAUUUGGACAAAUUCAAAGGAAUUGGCAUGGAUAUCAAUGAUCCAUUUGAGAGUUUUAGGAAGAGUAAGAGCUAUACCUACAACAGGAGGAAAUGAGGCUGCUUAGGAUAAGACACACACUCACACAUACGCGUUCAUCCAAGGUGCGACGACAAAGGGCCAGUUUUCAUGGCAACAGGAAGCACCACC